AAACACAGCUGUGUAUACUCCAGCUACAGCUUACAAUUUUGUUUUGUGUUGAGAUUUAGAGAAAAAACAGCCCAAAUGACGGACUACUGGAAAUCGAAUGAACGCAAGUACUGCGACUUUUGCAAGUGCUGGCUUAGUGACAACAAAGCGAGUAUUGCCUUCCAUGAGAGCGGCAAGCGACACAAGCUCAAUGUGGCAAAACGGAUCACAGACAUCAGCCGCAGUAGCGAGAAGGCAGAGCGUGAGCGCCAGAAGAUGGACAGCGAGAUCCGCAAAAUGGAGGAGGCGGCUAUGCGGUCUUAUGCUCAGGAUAUACACUCUCGUGGCGAUAUGACUGCUCGAUCCAUUAAUACGGUCAUCAGCGCCACAACUUCUACAGCUAGGGAUGGAGCACACACGUCACAAAGCUCACUCAGACCCCGCCAAGUGGAUCCCAUGCGUCUGGAAGGUGAUUCUGACGAAGACGAAGACAAUCGGAGGGUUAGUGUAGGGAAAGUUACAGCGGAAGUUGUUCCCGACGCCUCACUGUGGGUUGAAGGCAAGUCUGACGAGGGCCAUACAUAUUACUGGAAUGUAAAAACUAAUGAAUCGGUGUGGGAGGCACCCAAAGAGGGCUACUUGUCCUAUGAGGAAUACGAGCGCAUCAAUCAGUUGGCAGUCACGCAACAAGAGCUUUCACAACAAGAAGAAUCCCUGCGGUUUCGUGCAAAUGCUGAUGAGGAAGUAGCACGCUUCAAUCGUGAACGCAUGAAGGCGAUUAGAAAACCAGAAAUGGUCAAGGAGAAGAAGCAAAAAGAGGAGCAAAGGCAGGAAUUUAAAACAGAAGAAGAGGCUUCUACCAAACAAAUUGGACAGUGGCAAGUGGUCGAACACAAACCUCCCCCAGAGCCUAUUGACUGGGAACUGCCCAACAUAGAAUAUGAAUAUACUGCGCCUGUGGUUUCAGAUGUGCCGGUUGAACCGCCCGUAAAACGUUUUAAAGAGAAGACGAUAGCCGGGCUGGACGAAGAAGCAGCCUCCAGUGUGCCAGCGACAUUUAAGAAACGCAAAUUUGCCAACAAAGGCAAUUCGCGCAGGCGGUUAGAUGAAUAAAUAAGUGCAGUUGUAAAUAAAUACAUACAUAGUUUUGUAGAAUUAUGUUAAAAUUGAUUUUAA